AUGGGUCUCCUCAAAGUGGGUACCCCCAAAACUUGGGGUGAUUCAAAGAAGGAUCUGAAAUACAUUCGCCAGGCAGGAGUACGACAAUUCAUUUCGACCUACAAUCGAGUAAAGGAUCUUAAGGGCGACGAACUGCUGUGGGGUGAUGAAAUCGAAUAUGGCGUCUUUCAUUUGGACCCCGAAAGCAAGAAAAUCAGAUUGAGCCUCAGGGCCAAAGAAAUCAUGGACGAAUUAAAUCGCAAGGAAGGCAUACACUCGCAGAUAGUGGAAGGUUGCAACUGGGUGCCCGAAUAUGGUGCUUGGAUGGUGGAAGCAACACCCAAUCGACCAUACACUGGAUAUACUACCGAUUUGCUUCGCGUGGAGAGAAACAUGCGAUUGCGCCGAAAACGCAUCCUUACCGUAUUGAAGGAAAACGAAAUUUCCCCCACAGUCUCCAGCUUUCCUCUCUUGGGAGCCAUGGGUGAUGACGGGAGUGUCCCGCCUGUUCCCGUGGGAGGACCACGCACCGAAAGCGAAUACAUUGGAGAUGGAAUCAUCAAUCCCCAUCCUAGAUUCGGAACCUUAACGGCCAAUAUCCGUCAACGUCGAGGAUCCAACGUCAAUAUUCGUGUCCCUCUCUUUCGAGAUCGAAAGACACCUGAAUAUGCUGAAUUUGAACCUCCUCCGGGAGAUGUCGACGGAUGCUGUGGAAGUGACUCACAACAGCUUUGGAGGUAUGGAAAAGGCGACGCCUCUCAGGAAGCUUAUGGGAGGGACAAACUAGUUGUGGGAUGCUCCAAAUCCUCCAAAGACGAAGAAACUGACGUCCGCAAUGACAUGGCAACAUUGGAGAAGUGGCUUGUUGAUGUCCAGUGCGAGGGUUGCAGAGGCUUGUUUUAUCGAAGUGCUCCUGGCGUGAUCGUUCCUGACGCUGACUGGCCCCGAAAUGGAGAUAUUGUUGUUGGAUACGAACUUGCCAAUACACCAGGCUGGAUUCGACUGCAGAAUGGAUACUAUUUGCCCAUGCACAGUGAUGACGCAAAGAUCAAAUUCCUUCACAAAGUUUCUUCACGCGCGCAACCUUCGAAUACAGAAAUGAAAAGGAUUGGAUCCAGCACUCCCUUGUUCAGAACACAAGCCGUAGCAAAGGAUCAGGUCACUUCGCUUCUUGAUGGCGGUGAGCUUCAGUUGGAUGGCGUCGCGACAGCAGUGGCCGAACAUCCGACAGCGCCAACACCCAUUGCAGAACCAGAUGGAAACAAAGAAACUGUAAGAGCGGCAAUUCACAUGGAUGCCAUGGCGUUUGGUAUGGGAUGUUGUUGCUUGCAGAUCACUUUCCAGGCGAAGGAUGUCGAGGAGAGUCGUUUCAUUUAUGAUCAGCUGGCUGUGUUGGCUCCCAUCAUGAUGGCUUUGACGGCUUCCACCCCAUUGCUGAAGGGUCGCAUUGCGGACACCGACUGUCGUUGGGGUAUUAUUUCUGAAAGCGUCGAUGACAGGACGCCUGCAGAACGUGGACGCGAUGAUCCAAACGCACCGUACGAGUGUCUGAACGAGGAUGGAACGCGUCGAAUCUACAAGAGCCGAUACGACAGUAUCAGCACCUACAUUUAUCAAGGGGCUCUUUACCUCGAAGAUGAAUACAAGAAGAAGAGCGGGCUUGCGAACAGAGUUUUGAACAUCUACAACGACAUUCCAGUGCCCAUUGACGAGAAAAGCUACCAGCAACUUCGUGAGGCGGGCAUUGAUCCCGCUCUGGCACAGCAUGUUGCUCAUCUCUUUAUUCGUGACCCAUUGGUCGUGUUUAGUGGCGCCGUCGAAGAAGUGAACGAUGACUUGCAGACUGAGCACUUUGAAAGUAUCCAGAGCACCAAUUGGCAAUCCGUACGAUGGAAGCCUCCUCCUCCUCGAAACAGUCCAAACGACCCUCACAUUGGUUGGCGCACCGAGUUCCGCAGUAUGGAGAUCCAGCUCACGGACUUUGAGAACUCCGCUUUCACAGUUUUCAUUGUGCUUUUGACUCGUGUCAUUUUGACAUUCGAUCUCAACUUUUAUAUUCCCAUGAGUAGAGUUGAUGCCAACAUGCAACGGGCUCACAGCAGAAAUGCAGCGGCAAAGGGCAAGUUCUUCUUUCGCCGCCAUCUUGCUCCACUGGAGGAGGGUGACGACGGAUACGGCGUCAAGUACGCGUCGAUGUUUUCCAGGGCCGUGAACGGUGAAAACGGCUUGAAUGGUUCUUCCUCGCACACAAACCAAGAAGUUGCCGAGGAUGGCGUCAGUCUUAAGCGCCGACAGGCACCUUGUGCCCCGGGAAGCGAAGAGGAGAAUGCCUUUGAGGAAAUGACGAUUGCCGAGAUCAUGAGAGGCAAGGGCGACUACUACCCCGGACUCAUUCCCCUCGUGCUGGCAUACCUUGACCACAUCAACUGCGAUUCGGUUACGUUGGAACGCCUUACAAAGUAUCUUCACUUCAUCGAGCAGAGAGCAACCGGAGAGUUGGUGACACCCGCCACUUGGAUGAGAAACUAUGUGAGGAAUCAUCCAGCCUACAAAGGCGACUCUGUUGUCAGCGACGAGAUUGCGUACGAUCUCAUGACGGCUUGCAAGGACAUUGGCGAGGGCAAGUUGCAUGUGCCCGAGUUGCUUGGAGACAUCAAGAUCGAGCCCAUCAGCAAGGAAGGAGCAUACGAUGUCAAGUUGGACUCCAAUCGGGUGCAGAACGACCGCAUUCUUCAGCUCCUGCAGCGCUACACCAACCGCAAAUCAUUCUCUGCCAAAGGCUAG